AGAAGCCGGCCGGCGGUUCAGUCUAUGUUUAGUGAUAGCCAUGUGACUGGUGUCAUCAUCAGCAUGCCAGACAUGGCCGUGCUGUGUCCGCGUUAGCCUCCUCCCCUGUCUUUCCACUUUCCCUCUCUUCUUCCUGUGAUCGCUCGCUCCGUUGACUCGUGUCUAAUCCUAAACUACUGGAAAAUGUAAGUUGGGAAGAGCAGACACAGAGCCCGUGGCUACAGAACCAUGAAUGUGUGUAACAGCACUGAUCUUCCUGAGGUGGAAAUCAUCAGUUUGCUUGAAGAGCAGCUUCCUCAUUAUAAGCUGAGAGCAGACACUAUAUACGGCUAUGACCACGACGACUGGCUCCACACACCCCUCAUCUCACCUGAUGCUGCCCUCGACCUGACCACCGAGCAGAUCGAGGAGACCCUCAAAUAUUUUCUACUGUGUGCUGAUCGAGUGGGCCAGAUGACUAAAACAUAUAAUGACAUAGACGCCGUGACACGUCUCUUGGAAGAGAAAGAGCGAGAUUUGGAGUUGGCUGCACGUAUUGGUCAAUCUCUGCUGAAGAAAAAUAAAACUCUGAGCGAGAGGAAUUCCUUCCUGGAGGAGCAGGUGGAGCAGAUACGAGAGGAGGUAUCUCAGCUACGUCAUGAUCUCUCAAUGAAGGAUGAACUCCUGCAGUUUUACACCAGUGCAGCAGAAGAGAGUGAUGGAGAUUCUGCUUCUACCACACCUAUUCGUCGUAAUGACUCAUCUCUCUGCAUGCCAAAUUAUCUGCCUCUGGAUUCACUGCAGAAGAAACUCCAAGACCUGGAGGAAGAGAAUAUCAGCCUCCGAUCAGAGGCGAAUCACCUGGAGACAGAGACCAUCUCGUAUGAAGAAAAGGAGCAACAGCUUGUAAAUGACUGCGUUAAAGAGCUCAGAGAUGCUAACUUGCAGAUCUCCACCAUCGCGGAGGAGUUGGCAAGAAAAACAGAGGACGCCUCCCGGCAGCAGGAAGAGAUCACGCACCUUCUCUCUCAGAUUGUGGACCUGCAGAAAAAAGCCAAAUCUUUUGCACUUGAAAACGAAGAGCUCACUCAGCAUCUGGGAGCUGCUAAAGACGCCCAAAGAGCCCUUACAUCAGAGUUGAGGGAGUUGGAGGACAAGUAUGCUGAAUGUAUGGAGAUGCUUCAUGAAGCUCAGGAGGAACUCAAGAACUUCAGGAAUAAAACUCUGCCGCUCAGUACACCACGCCGAUUCCACUCGCUCGGCCUUUUCCCAAUGGAUUCUUUAGCUGCUGAAAUUGAAGGUACCAUGAGGAAAGAGAUUGAGAUGUCUGAUCCAGAAGUAGAGGAGCAAAGGUUGCACCCAAAGCGAGUCUUUCAAACAGUGCGUAACGUCAACCAAUCCGUUCGACAGCGGUCCCUGGGUCCCUCCCCUCUGAACAUCCCAGGGUCCAAUCAGACAUCCUGUAUAAACUCAAGGGGAUCUAGCUGUCGGAGCACGCCCAGAUCAAGCAUGUACGGAGGAGAUGGAAGCGAAAUGGACAACCGCACCAGUAGUCUACUGCUGGACACUCAGUCACCUCAUGAUGGCUCUAAUGACUCCAACAGAAAGCCUGGCACACCUGGCACCCCCGGGUCCCAUGACCUGGCGGCGGCACUGCGUCGUCUUUCCCUUCGCCGGGACAACUACCUAAGCGAGCGGCUUUUCUUUGAGGAGGAGCGAGAGAGGAAACUCAACGCCCUGGUUGAGGACAAGAACCUAUCGUAUCAUGAGAGAGAUUGUGGGAGUGGCAGUGAAGAUGGUGGUCCUCUAACUCCAGCCGAGAGCAUCAUGUCUCUGGGGACCCUGCACUCGGUUUAUUCCAUCUACAGCACCCGAUCCUAUCUACCCGAGAAACUUCAGAUCGUCAAACCUCUGGAAGGUUCGGCCACUCUCCACGCAUGGCAGCAGUUAGCUCAGCCCCACCUGGGUGGCAUCCUUGACACCCGGCCCGGUGUGGUGACCAAGGGCUUCCGUCCCCUCGAGCUGGACAUGCAGGAGGUGUACCAGUUCACAGACCUGGAGGAAGACGAUCCAGGACUGCAUUCCCAAUCCGGCAUCUCUACCUCUAACCUGGGCUCUCUGCCUUGCUCACCUGCUUCCCGACAAAAAUCCAAAAUCCAAGAGGAUCAUAUCGGAGAGAACCUUGGUGUGCCAGACCAGGAGGCAGGAGAUAAGGAGGUCUCAUCUGUGCAUUUCCCUGGUAAAUGUAUGUCACACACCAGUUCAACGUACACCUUCACCACCUGCAGGAUACUUCACCCUACAGAUGAGCUCACCAGAGUCACACCCAGCCUGUUGUCAGGUCCUUCGCUGGCCUCCUGCGUGUUGUCCAACAGCAGUCUGCGUUCAACCCCCGUGUCAACCCCCUGCACACCUCGCCGGCUCAGCCUGGCGGAGAGCUUCACCAACCUCCGUGACUCUACAAAAACCACCAGUACCUCUCUGGGCCUAGUGCGCCUCCUACAGGACAGAGGUAUAUCUGCUGCCGUCUAUAACCCUCACAGCUGGGACCGGGUGGAUCGAGCCCCUGCAUCACCUACCUGUACGACAUCCUCUCAUCUGGGUUCGGAUAUUCUUCCCUCCACCCCUCCCAACUCGCCCAGCAAAUCGAAACCCACCUGUCCAGUGUUGCCUGUAGGCUACAGUCCCUCAGACCCCCCUUACGAAACCUUUCUGGCUUCGCGGCCAGCCAGCUCCAUUCUAAAAGAAGUGCGUGAAGCGGACGAAAGGGCUCGAUCGGACUCGCAGUGUCAGACUGAGGUUAGUGUGCAAAACCUUCGACUGGUGGACAAGGUGAAGAGGUUUAGCCUGGCUCCCAGAACGCUUACCCCGGGGCCCGUGGUGGGGAUGGGGAGACCGGGAGCACCGUUUGGUGCCCACGCUGCGGUGACCUCACCCAUAGCAGGACUGCCAGUGCUAAACUCAGGGAUGAGAAGAAACCGCAGUUACCCGGCUAUGGUUGGGGCUAGUAUGGCUAUGAAGGGCCCGGGGCCACCCAGUGAGGAUCUGCUAUUGACCCAUGGGCGACAUAGACAAACUAGUCUCAGUGAAAAGUGAAUGUUGCCCCCCAUCAACAGUAUAUCAUCCUUGUGACAACUCAACAGUGCCUGUUAUGAAGAUGAUGAUAUUUGUAUAGAUUAUUUUGUUAUAAUGAUUCCUUCAUAUACAGUACAACGCAUUCAGCAGCGUCGUCAAAAUCGAGUUUUUUGCACUUGCUAGAUGUGAGAAAUGGAACAGAGUGGAAAAUUCACACCCCUCGGUCAGAAUAAUUUCCAAUGUAAGCACUUUUUUACUUUAAAAAAAGGAUAAAUGCUUUUUGUUUAUAAAUCUGGUCUUCCUAACCCAAAUUUGUUUUGUGAUUUUAGUUAGCAAGAAGCUAGCAAGAGCACUAAUAGCACUUUAAUGCUAACGGUAGCCUAGACAAUGAUGAAAAAAGUGAAACCUUGUCAUAUCUAGAUUAAUUGUUCAGAUUUUUUAAAAUGGUCUAACAUUAUAGCUUUAUAGCAACCCCCCUUAAUUGUGCCGACAAUGUUUAAAAUUUGUUGUUUUUAAGUAUAAAUACUGUUACAGAAGCCUUGUUUCAUCUAAACUAGCCAUAAUUUUCUAUGUCUGAAGUGACGUAAAGGUAUAGUUCACAUAAAAAUAAAAAUUAGCUCUUGUUUUACUUCAACCCUCAAGUCAUCCUAGAUGUGUUUGACUUUCCUAUUUCAGCCAAAAACAAUCCUGAGUUAUAUAAAAUAAUAUCCUGGCUUUUUCAGCUUUAUAAUGGUAUUGGAUAGUGCCCCAUUUUUAAACCUAAAUAAACCGCAUCCAUCCAUCAAAAACGAAUAUAUACGGUUAUUGUAUGUAUUCAUUUAUAUUUCAAACUUUACAAACUACGGCUGUACGCAUGUUUAUGAGAGUUGAGGUCAGGUUGAAGACAAAAACGGGGCACUAUCCAAUGCCAUUAUAAAGCUAAGAAUAGUCAGGAUAUUAUUUAAUAUAAAUCUAACUGUGUUUGGCCAAAAAAUGAAAGUCAUAUUUACACAGUGGCGGCCAGUGACUUUUAUUUUUCAAGGGGGCAAAUUGCAUCAAAAUAUGUUUUUAGACCGUCAUGUGAACCUAUGUGCGUCGCACAUCAUGUCAAAAUCUGUGCCUGCUGCAGUUGCUUCAAAUGUGUUUAUGAUAAAAGAGACGCUCACGUUUGCCAGAUACUCACUUAAUCUCAUGUGUACUCAUGUGUUAAGUUAGUGUCUUGCAAGUGUUUUGUGAACAUCUCUCUUAUUAUCAUACACUGCAAAAAAAUGAUUUUCAAGAAAAACAUUUCUUAGUAUUUUUGUCUUUUUCAGUAAAAAUAUCCAAAAAUUCUUAAAUUAAGAUGCUUUUUCUUGAUGAGCAAAACGACCCAAGAAAAAAAGUCUAGUUUUUACAUCAAAAAAAAAAAAUACAAUUUAAGUGAUUUUGUGCAUAAAACAAGCAAAAAAUCUUGAACAUUUUUUUAAAACACUAAAUUCAAGAAAAAUUUGCUUAAAAAUUUGCUUAAAAAUGUGGUUGUUUUGCUCAUCAAGAAAAAGCAUCUUAAUUUAAGAAUUUUUUUAUAUUUUUACUGAAAACAAGACACAAAUAGUAAGAUUUUUUUUCUUAAAAAUCAUUUUUGCAGUAUAAACCCUUUCUAUGCAUGUGCAGAAGGCACGUAUUUUGACAAGACGCAUUACGCGCAUAGGUUCACAUAAUGCACCGAACACAUAUUUUGACAUGACGAGCCACACACAACACUCCAAAUCCAUACUUUAAAUUCGUGCCCCUUGGAAGAGAAGUCUCUGGCCACCACUGUAUACACAUAUGAUAGCUUCAGUGUGAGUAAAAUAUAAAUUUCAUUUUGGGGUGAACCACUCCUUUAAUAAGUAUAGUGUAAACAAAUAUGCUCAAUGUUUUAGAAGAGGGCACUGUUGAGCACACCCCUCUCUGUUCUGUACUGUACAUCUUCUCAGAUAAAAGAUGACUGACUGAAAUCGAGGCCGUGAAGGCGAUGCGUGUCUGCAUUUGAAACAUAAUCAUGUUGCUUUUAAUGUCAUUUUGUGUCAGACCAACGUUAUUUAUUUAAAGUGUUUGUGUGGAUGUAUAUGGUUUAGUAUGAAAACAUGCAAUUGCAGUAUCAGGAUUUGCAAGCCUUUACGUUUCCUCGGUCAAUGGGAUGUAAAGUUCUGCUGCAAAAAUCCCAUAAAUCUGCUGUGGCUUUGAAGCCUACUGACUGAUAUUGUUUCAUACGUGAAGGAUAUGAAGUGUGCACUGCAAGCUUUAAAGAUUUCAAGGGUGCAAUUGUAAUUCAUAUAGUGCCUUUUCUUUUGUUUUGACAGACUUCAACAUAAUGGCUUUGCCUGCAACAAUAUGCACUGUAAUUGUGUUGAUGUAUUGACUUCCUAAUGGUUUUAACCUAGUUGACAAUGCAGAUCUAGGAUGUAACAUUUGCUGGACAUAUUAUAUUUGAUGAAGAAGCACAUACAGUUGAAAGUGCAUGAGUCCUUCUGAAUGGACCUGUGUGUUUCUCUCAGUUGAAACUGAAAGAUAUUUGUUAGGUGAAAGUGUGCGUGCUUGCAUUUAUUCAUACCUUGAUGUUUGUUGAAUGUGUUACAGAACCACAGAGGGUUCUGCCAUGACUGAAUAAUGAUUUCAAUGGUGUUUAUUUCAUCGGAUUACUGAAGGGACGUUUUACUUGUAUAUUGUAAAUGGUAAAUAUGCAGAGAGUUUAAACAUCCUAACUUUUUUAAUAAAAAAACAAAAAUAGAACGAAAAAAAGACAAAAUGUUGACAGGUUGUCCGAAUGCUGGUUAAAACAGAGAUUUUGUUCAUGACUUUUGGAAGCUCCUGUUUACAGAGGUCAUCAAUAAACCAGUUGAGAUCA